UGAUUGCGUCUUGGAAAAUGAGGAUUAUGCCGGAAUUAAUUACAGGCCUUUAUAAUUGGUAAAACUGGUUUGGUGAUGUUUUGAGAAAUACACACGUUUGUCAAUGAAGGACCCCUUUUUAAAUGCCCAAAUUUUGCAAUGUAAUUUGGUGUGAAGAUCUUUGUAAACAAGAAACAAUGGCAGGAACGCUACAAGCUAAUUUCAUGCCAAAGUAAAGGCACGUUUUGUAACAUGCUGCAGUAGGAAACGAGUCGUUAUGUGUGACACAAGCUUUGUUUUUGUUCUCACCAUCAGUGUUGUACAUGUGGGCUGCUGCUUCUGGACACAUGUGAUCAACAACAACAUUUAAUAGAGUCAGCCACAAGGUGGCAUGCUAUAGUCAGGUCUGUUUCACAUCAAUAUUCAUAAUGAUAACUCCUGCCUUUGACCUGAGCCAAGAUCCCGAGUACUUGAUCUUCAGCAUCCGUGUGCCCUACACCAGAACAUCGGAGUUUGACCUUUAUAUUGAUGGAAGAGAUUUCAAGUUCUAUGCCAAGCCCUACUUUCUUAGAUUAACUCUUCCUGGAAGAAUAGUGGAGGAUGGGAGAGAAAAGGCCAAAUUUGACAUUGAUAAAGGUCUUUUCACCCUGCGGAUGCCUAAGGAGACAGCUGGGGAGCACUUCGAAGGACUUCAGAUGCUGACAAGUCUCCUCGCCCCAAAAGGCUCCCGUUCAGCAAAACCAUUGGUAGAGGAUUUGAGCACAGGAUGCAGUGAAAGCAUAGGAGAUGAUGAGGAGGAAGAUGAAGAUUUUGACUGGCAGGUUGAGCAAGAGGUGUACAUGGAGAGCUCUGAGGAGGAGCUGAGAGCCCUCCAGAAAUAUGGCUUUGGCAAUCAGAGGUCUGGAGUGUUUGCCAGAUUACAGGAGGAACUCAGUGAUGUGAUUGAUAUCAAGAACCCAGAGGGAAUGGCUGCAGCAGAGAGGAGGCAGGGAAGGCUGGAAGCAGAGGCCUCUGCGUUUUCACCUGACCACUACCUGGCUGAUUUGUUUGAGGAUGAUGAAAUAAAGGGACUGCUGAAAUUUAAACCAUGGUGGACAAAGCUGAGUCCUUCCACAGAGCAGGAGGGAGAAGUCGCAGCCGUGUCAUUCACUGACAAUGACAAGGAGCAGCUGAGAAAAUUCACCAACCGCUCCUACCUACUGGACAAGACGGCCAGUUACCAAGCAUGGCUCAGCCUCGUGGAUAUCCUGCUGGCUUAUUCCUAUGAAGUGCGCUCUACGGAGGGAGAGCACAAUGUGGAGUCACCGUGGACAAUCAGAAAACUCAGCGGGACUCUCUGCUGGCUGGAGACAUACAGCUCCUUGCAAGAGGUCAUCGUUUCAUUUGGACGGCGGGUUUUGUGCUACCCACUCUACAGACACUUUGAUUUGGUCUCUGCGGCUGUUCGUGACACAACUAAGAUUUUCAAGUCAGGGAAAGCCUGUGUCCUCAAAUGCCUGCUGGAUAUUCACAAAGUCUUCAGAGAGAACGACCCAGCCUACAUACUGAAUGAUCUGUACGUGACAGACUACUGCAUCUGGAUCCAGAAGGUCAGGUCCAAGAAGUUAACAGCCUUUGCCGCACUGUUACAAAAAGCCUCUCUGCAGAAAAAAGACUUGGAGCUGGAGCUCGAAGAGCUGGAGGAGGCAGCGACAUUGGUGGCGGAGGAAGAAGAAGAAGAAGAAGACGACGACGAAGAGCAGGGAGCUUCCAAGAACGCUGCGAUAUCCCGCGGUGACAGCAGCUGCAGCAGCAGUGGCUCGUCUGAUGAGAGCGAGGAAUCUGAAGCUGAAGGGCAAAGCUGCACCGAAUCCAACAAGGGAGGAGGAGGAGAGACGUCUAAGGACAACCCUCUCCAGCCCCAACCCACCUCCACUGCCUCUCCCAUCCCCCAGGAACCAACGAGCGCACACUUCUCAGCGGAGAGGAAAGUGGGCGCCCUCCCUUCAGCGUCAGAAAGCACCAGACAGCUGAUCCAGGAGAUGGGGGAGCGGAUGUCAGAGGAGCUGAGAAUCUCUCCAGACUCCAGCUACAAAGGAGGAAGAGACUGUUCACAGCUGAGCAGCGCUCAAGCAAAGAAUGAAGCAGCAUCUGGGAGGAGCAGCAGUGGGACUUUGUUAGAGCUGAGUCCUCGCAGAAACCCUCUGCUCAUCAUCCAAACACAGGACAAUCCUGAUGAGUGACUUCAUCAGCUGAUAGAAAGUGUUGUGGAGCUUGAAAGCAACUUGAUGAACUGAAAUGAACUGUUAACUUCAUGUAAGUGAUGUAAGAAAAUAUGUUGGACUUAUAUGUUGUCUUUUAAAGCUUUUUCUUUCUAUUCUUUGGGAAUUUUUUAAUGCUUCUGCUUCGUGUUGUAAUACUAAACUCAGAUUUUGUGCUUUAACCCUCUUCUAAAGGACCUUAUUUUCAAUCUUGAAUUAUAUUUUCUUAAUCGAUGAAAUCGCUAAGCUGCAUUAAAGUCCUUAUUUCAUAUUUAUAUGGUUGGUUGAAGUGUGAGCUUUAGUUUUCCUCAUUACGUUAGAAGAGUCAGCCCGGCCUCCUCCUCCUCCUUUUUCGUCUUGCCUCACGUUGUCUCACUAUUUUGCUACUGCUUCUCUAUAUCCAGGCUGCCUACUUGCUAUACAACUACAUUUUUUAUCUCUGAACAUACUAUGUUUGAUUUUAUAUGAAUUAUUUCUGCUCCUUUUUAAUUAUUCAAGUAAAUUCAACAGCAUCUGUGAAGAUCUGCUAAUAGUGAAGAACUUUUCUACUACCCAUGUACAGUAUAGUCCCAUACCCAUAUCAACAAAUUCAGACUGUAUAUCCCUGUUGGGCUUGAAUAAACGAAACAGAAAUGUCAUUCUAGGGAACUGACAAACAUUUGUCAUUGU